AUGGUGAAGAGAAGGCAAGCAGGCACCAUGGGCACCUCUGUCUUCUCAUGUCUCUUUGUUAUCCUCCUAGCUGGGAGCUCCCCAGCAGGCUGUGCUGAAGAUAACAGCUCUACAUCCCACAGCACGGAAGGAGGUACAGAGAAACCUGUCCUAUUGAAUGACGUCGCAGAUGUGGAAGCCUUCAUCAGUGGUGCGGAGGUGGCAGUUGUUGGGUUCUUCCAGGAGCCGGAGAGCCCCGAGGUGUCGCAGCUCCGCCUGGCGGCCGCGCGGAUACCAGAGGUGCCCUUCGCGCUCAGCAGCAGCUCCGCGGUGCGGGAGCACUACGGCGUGGCGGCGGCCACCGUCACGCUGUUCCGCAGGGCAGACAAAGAAAGGAUAGAUAUGGACAUGGACAAAGAAGAAAUCGAUGCCGAUAAGAUGACUCGUUUCAUUCGAAUGAAUGAGCUCCGCCUGGUGACAGAGUACAACCCUACGACAGCAGUAGGUGUGCUGCACAGUUCUCUCCAGCUCCACCUCCUCCUGUUCACAGACAAGAAGUCCCCAGAGCACCCUGAGCAAAUGCGCAGAUAUCGUGAAGCAGCGGAGCUCUUUGAGGAUAAGAUUCUCUUUGUCCUGGUAGACAUUAACUUGAAAAGCAAUGAGCAAGUGAUGGCAUACUUCAAACUGAAGAAGUCCCAGCUGCCAGCUCUGGCUAUAUUCCACACACCAGAUGAGAAACACGAUGUGUUGCCUCUGGAUGAAGUCUCCAUUGAACGUGUGAAGGACUUCUGUAACGCUUUCUUACAAAAAAAGCAAAAGGUAAGAGAGCAUUUCUGA